CCGGCGCGUAAUUAUCGACGCAGCACAGUAAGGAAGCAGCAUGGUGCGAGAGAGGAGAGUGGUCCGUAAGCCGAAGGCGAAAAUAUCGGAGCAGUAUGAUAGCGAUGACUCUGCUGCUUACAAGGACAUGCAGGUCCCUGACAAAAGAUCUUCCAGGUAUACAGAAGAUGAAAUUGAUGAGUUCCACAAUGACAAAAUUUUGAAACUACUUGCACAUGGUGUGCAAGAGGAUGAUGACCAGGAGGACAUUGAUGAUGAGGAGGAGGUGAUGCCUCUGGACGAUUUUGAUUCGGAGGAGGAGGAGGAAGUGGAGACAGACAUGGAGAGUGACCUUGAAGGAAAGAAGGAAGAUGAUCUUCCCAGUGAUAUGGCGUGGGGACUUAGGAAGAAGACGUUCUACAAUUCCGAUUAUACUGCAGUCAAGGGGAAAUCUAAAGACGAAGCUGAAGCUGAGGAAGAAGAGGAAGAAGAGGAAGCCAAGAGCAUCCAGAAACGUCUGGUGGGGAAUCUCAGUGAAGAGGACUAUGACCUGCAUCUCCUCCAGGAGUUUGCUGUAGAGGAGGAGGGUGAAGUCCAGAAGGCUAUGGAGAAAGACCAGAAGAUUGUGAAGGACCUGAAGGCAAUGUCCCAGAAGGAGAAGCUGAGACUGCUGAAGAAAGAAUCUCCAGAGCUGAUGGGGCUUAUCCAGGACUUCAAAUUCAAGCUGACCGAACUUAGAGACGAGCUGCAGCCUCUUCUGGAGAUGGUCAAAAGUGGGCAGAUCCCUGCAGGGAAGGGAGCAGAAUACCUCAAGACUAAACAGCAGCUCUAUUUGAAUUACUGCACAAAUAUCAGUUUUUACCUGGUGCUGAAGGCCAAGCGCAUUCCAGCUCAGAAUCAUCCUGUGAUCGAGAGACUGGUCUCCUACAGGAACCUAAUAAAUGAUCUUGCUGAAGUGGAUGCUAGAUUGGCCCCCCAGUUGCGCAUGCUACUUUCUGGAGCUCUGCUGGAAAGCACUAUCAAGAAGCCUGCCAGUAACCCCCCCAGGAAGGUGACCAGAGAUGCUGUACUUGAUGCCUGCGAGGAGUCUGAGUCAAACUCUGAUCUGGAUGAGGAGGCAGCACUGCGCUUUUAUAGAGAGGUGGAGAAGCGCCUGAAACAGAAGAGGAAACGCAAACAGCCACAGCCCAUGGAAAUAUUAGAGGAAGAGGAGGAUGUGGAUCCAGAUAGCAAGAGAGGAAUCACCUACCAGAUGGCUAAGAACAAGGGACUCACACCAAAGAGGAAGAAGAUCGACCGGAAUCCAAGAGUCAAGCACAGAGAGAAGUUCAGGCGGGCCAAGAUUCGCAGGAGGGGUCAGGUGCAAGAAGUUCACAAGGAAAUGGAGAGAUACGGUGGAGAAAUAUCUGGUAUUCGUGCUGGGGUUAAGAAAAGUAUUAAACUAAAGUAAUGGACAUGGCUAAUGUAGGACCGAAUGGAAAGAACCAGGGAGUAUGUGGUGACUGAGUGGAAUGGCAAGGACAGGCUUGGCUGAACUUCUACCGAACAAGGGCCACAAGGAGAACAUAUUCCUUGGCAGUCUGUAUAAAUAGCUUUUUUGUGAUUAUCUUUAAAAGUAAUGCUUGUACUGUUUGACAGCACUGUUUCAUAUGAGUAAAGCCUUUUUCCUAC